AUGUACAACAAGAGCAACCUGCAGCUUGUCAUGGAUUAUGGGAGUGACAACGGCACAUGGCCCGAGGACCAGCUGCACCUCUUCCCUGCACCGCUGCUCACAGGCAUCACUGUCACCUGCGUGCUCCUUUUUGUGAUUGGGAUUCUAGGGAACAUGAUGACAAUGCUGGUGGUCUCCAAGUUCCGGGACAUGAGGACCACCACCAACCUGUACCUUUCCAGCAUGGCUUUCUCGGACCUGUUGAUCUUUCUCUGCAUGCCCCUGGAUCUUUUCCGCCUCUGGCAGUACCGGCCCUGGAAUCUGGGGGACCUUCUCUGCAAGCUCUUCCAGUUUGUCAGUGAGAGUUGCACUUACUCCACCAUCCUCAACAUCACGGCCCUGAGCGUGGAGAGGUAUUUCGCCGUCUGCUUCCCUCUUUGGGCCAAGGUGGUGAUCACCAAAGGGAAAGUCAAGCUGGUCAUCCUGGUGCUUUGGGCAGUGUCCUUUGUCAGCGCCGGGCCAAUCUUUGUCUUGGUUGGGGUUGAGCACGAGAACGGGACGGACCCCUCGGACACGAACGAAUGUAGAGCCACAGAGUAUGCGAUUCAGUCGGGGCUCCUGACAAUUAUGGUGUGGACCUCGAGCGUCUUCUUUUUCCUGCCUGUGUUUUGCUUGACUGUUCUGUACAGCCUCAUUGUGCGAAAACUCUGGAGGAGAAAGAGAAAAGGCAUCGGGCCAAAGGCGUCCAUCAGGGACAAGUACAACAGGCAAACUGUGAAAAUGUUAGCUGUGGUGGUCUUUGCAUUCAUCCUCUGCUGGUUGCCUUUCCACAUAGGACGUUACCUGUUUUCCAAAUCCUUUGAGGUUGGAUCCUUGGAAAUAGCCGUCAUCAGCCAGUACUGCAACUUGGUAUCAUUUGUCCUUUUCUACCUAAGCGCUGCCAUCAACCCAAUCCUGUACAACAUCAUGUCAAAGAAAUACCGCAAGGCAGCCUACAGGCUCUUUGGAAUCAAGAUGCUCAGGAAGAAAAGGCACUCGGUGAGAAAGGAGGGAGGAUCUCGUGCAUGGACAGAUUCCAGCGUCAGAGCAACAUGA